GUGGGACGGGUUUAGCAGCAGCCUCUUCGAGAAGAGUUCCAGUCACAAAUGCAUGUGUGAUGCAUUUUGACAUUUACUGCUAGGAUGAAAUGCAGGAAUGAAAACCACACAUCCGUUUUAGUGUUCUCAGAUGUGAUUAGAUAUACUUUAUCAUAUUUUUAUGCUACUGACCUAUAAGGAAAACAAUAUUAAGAAAGGUUAACUGUAAACAGCUAGUUCCUGCAACCUCAGUACUUCUGGGAUGACCUGGAAUAUCACAAGGAGAGAUUUUAUUACAGCAUAUUCACAUCUCAGCUGAGCCGUCAGCCUAGACUCACACGCAUUUCCUUUAUCGGCAGUUGUCACCAGACGCUUUAUCUCCCAGAAUGGCGGACAGUCUUCCCACAGAGUUCGAUGUGGUCAUAAUAGGGACAGGUCUGCCCGAAUCCAUCCUUGCAGCUGCGUGUUCAAGAAGUGGCCAGAGGGUUCUGCAUCUUGAUUCAAGAAGUUACUAUGGAGGAAACUGGGCAAGUUUCAGCUUUUCGGGAUUGCUCUCCUGGUUGAAGGAGUAUCAGCAAAACAGUGACAUUGCAGAAGAAAGUACUGCCUCAUGGCAAGGCCCGAUCCAUGAAACAGAAGAAGCUAUCACUCUUCUCAAGAAGGAUGAAACUAUUCAACACAUAGAAGUUUUUUGUUAUGCCAGUCAGGAUAUGGAUGACAGUAUUGAAGAGACUGAUGCUCUGCAGAAAAAUCCUUCCUCAAUAAUAUCUAGUACCACCACUAAACCUCUGGAUUCUGCAUGCUUGUCUGAAGAAACACAUUCAUUAUAUGCUACUGGCCAUGAAUUGCCUGCCAAAGACACUCCAAAAAGUGACGGAGAAAUUUCACUAGAAGUAACUGAUGUUGAGGACACCUUGGCAAAAGAAAAAUAUUGUGGAGAUAAAACUUGUAUACACACAGUUUUAGAUGGAGAUAAAGAUGAAAACAAACCUAUAGAGGAAGACAACACUGACCAACCAAAGAGAAAUAAGAUUACUUACUCUCAAAUAGUUAAAGAAAGCAGGAGGUUUAAUAUUGAUUUGGUAUCAAAGCUUCUGUAUUCUCAAGGAUUGCUAAUUGAUCUCUUAAUCAAAUCAAAUGUUAGUCGUUAUGCAGAAUUUAAAAACGUCACUAGGAUUCUUGCAUUUCGUGAAGGAAAAGUAGAACAGGUGCCUUGUUCCAGAGCAGAUGUCUUUAAUAGCAAAGAACUCACUAUGGUUGAAAAGAGGAUACUGAUGAAAUUUCUUACGUUUUGUUUAGACUAUGAACAACAUCCUGAUCAAUACCAAGCUUUUGUGCAAUGCUCAUUUUCAGAGUACUUACAAACUAAAAAAUUAACCCCCAAUCUCCAACAUUUUGUGCUGCACUCAAUUGCAAUGACAGAGUCAUCUUGCAGUACAAUAGAUGGCCUUAAAGCAACUAAAAACUUCCUUCGGUGUCUUGGACGGUUCGGCAACACUCCCUUUUUAUUUCCCUUGUAUGGGCAAGGAGAAAUUCCCCAAUGUUUCUGCAGGAUGUGUGCAGUUUUUGGUGGAAUCUAUUGUCUUCGUCAUAAAGUUCAAUGCCUUGUAGUUGACAAAGAAUCUGGAAGAUGUAAAGCAAUUAUAGAUCACUUAGGUCAAAGAAUAAAUGCUAAAUAUUUUAUUGUGGAGGAUAGUUACCUUUCUGAGGAAACAUGCUCAAAUGUACAGUAUAAGCAGAUCUCCAGGGCAGUGCUCAUUACAGAUCAGUCUAUACUAAAGGCAGAUUCAGAUCAGCAAAUUUCCAUUUUGGUAGUGCCUCCACUGGAAUCAGGAACAUGUGCUGUUCGUGUCACUGAAUUAUGUUCUUCAACCAUGACGUGCAUGAAAGACACCUAUCUGGUACAUCUGACCUGUUCAUCUUCUAAAACAGCACGAGAAGACUUAGAGUCAGUAGUGAAGAAAUUAUUCACCCCAUUUACUGAAACAGAAAUAGACAAGGAAGAACUUACAAAGCCAAGACUCUUGUGGGCUCUUUAUUUUAAUAUGAGAGAUUCCUCAGGAAUCAGCAGAAGCUCAUAUAAUGGCUUACCUUCCAAUGUUUAUGUCUGCUCUGGGCCUGACUGUGGACUGGGAAAUGAGCAUGCAGUCAAGCAAGCUGAAACGCUUUUCCAGGAGAUCUUUCCCAGUGAAGAAUUCUGCCCCCCACCUCCGAAUCCAGAAGACAUUAUCUUUGAUGGUGAUGAUAAACAGCUAGAGGCUUCUGGAACCAAUAAUAUAAUCAUGGCCAAACUAGACUCCUCUGAGGGAAGUAAAAACUUAGAAAGCCCAGGGAAGCACCUUCAAAACUAGAAAAAAGCAAACUGGAAUGCUACUUUGGGCCUUCAUCCUGGCAUCAGAAUAUUUUCAUUUAAAGGACCGUUUUCUAUAUGAUUAAUUAGUACUGGUUAUAUGAUGAAUGCUAUGCAGAUGUUGUCUUAAAUUCUGUUUGAGACAUUCAGUCAUUGGAUGUCAUUGUUCAUCUAUCAGUAACUGAUUGAUUAUUGGAUAAGGUUAG